AAUAACAGUCGCAGAGAAGAAGAAGAUAAAGCGAGGAAAUGGUGGCGAUAAAUUCAACGGUCACAGUUCUCUCUCCCAAGUCCAUUCCCAGAGUUAUCGAAUCGAAACUCGGGAUUAGGGUUUCUGACCAGAGCUUCCAUUUCUCUCCAAAUGCUAAAUCUUACGGAAAAUUAUGUCCGAGAUUGAGGUUAUCGAAGCUGGUCACGGCGGCUGGAUUGUCGGAGGUCGAACCGGACAUCAAUGAAGAUCCGAUCGGUCAAUUUGAGCUCAAUAGUAUCAGUCAGGAGGACUUCAAGUAUGGAUACUACGACGGAGCUCAUACGUUUUAUGAAGGGGAAGAGGAGAAGGUGACAUUUUGGGGAGCAAUCGCGGAUGACAUCGCUGCGGUGGAACCCCCAACUGGUUUCCAAGGAUUCAUUUCAUGGAUGUUCCUUCCUGCUAUCGCCGCAGGGAUGUACUUCAAUGUUCCGGGGGAGUAUCUGUUCAUAGGAGCGGGAUUAUUCACGGUGGUGUUUUGCAUAAUAGAAAUGGACAAACCAGACAAGCCUCACAACUUCGAGCCUCAGAUAUAUAACAUGGAGAGAGGAGCUCGUGACAAGCUCAUCAAUGACUACAACUCCAUGAGCAUUUGGGACUUCAACGAGAAAUAUGGCGACCUCUGGGAUUUCACCAUCAAAAAGGACGAUAUCGCCAAGAGAUGAUCACAUGUCUCAGAUUAUCUGUUAUUGUUCCUAUUAGUUUUUGUCCCAUAUAUGUAUAAAUUAUUAAAUUCUCGUGUAACAUUACCGUAUAUAAAGGCUAAAUCAGUAACAAAACGCAGCGUUUUGUGAGCCUUC